AAAAUGUUUUGACAACCUGUCUGGCCUAUUUUUUUAGGAUGCAGCAGAUUAGUAAAGAUAAUUCUAUGGAUCCAGAAAGGAUAAAGGUUAGAAACGGAUUGUGCCAUAAUUUUAUGGCACACGUCUUCCACGAUUUUGCAGAAAAUACUACACUAAAUGGCAUAAGAUACAUUGCAGGAAAAGGAUUUACUAUUCUGGAGAGAAUAUUCUGGACCUCUACGUUCAUCCUCAGCGCAGCUCUGUGUGUGUUCAUGGUUUAUAGGUCGUAUGUGAAGUAUGAUACUAAUGGAGUCGCAGUAACCUUGAAAGAACGCUUAAUACCCGUGAACGAGUACCCUUUCCCCGCGGUCACAAUAUGUCCAGAAGCAAGGAUCAGUCAGAAAAGAUACAACUAUUCAUAUCAAUACUAUUAUUCAUCAGAUAACUCUACUGAAAACCUCAAACAAUUGCAUUCCGCAAUUGUACUUUGUGACAACGGUGACGACAUUACUCCGGGAGUUGAUGACAAAUUAGUAAACCAAACAAUUGAACUCAAUAUAUUCUACGAGGUGGUGCCCAAACGUGAAGACAUUUUCGAGGAAUGCUGGUGGCGUAAUGAGGUUGACUGUAUUAAUAAAUUUCGCCCAGUUUUGACCGCAGACGGAAUCUGUUACACUUUCAAUACUUUGGCUACUAAUGACAUAUUUCGCAGAAAUAGCUUACACCAAAAGCGCUACUACUUGAACGCGUCUACCGCUCAAAAAGGUUGGUCAUUGGAGAGGAACUACAAUAGUUCCACCAAAGACGUAUUUCCAAGACGUGGCCGGGCAAACGGUGCUGUAGAAGACCUCUUCAUAUCAUUAAAAGAAAUUAAAGAUCGAGAUUUUGCAUGCGAUAGAAAUACUCGACCCGGCUACAUGGUAUACUUCCACCACCCAGCCGAUCUGCCACAGGCCUCGCUCCACAACUAUGCAGCGCAGCCCGGGAAGACAACCUCCUUUGCGAUCAAACUUGACAUCCUGGACACCGCUGACGAACUUGCUCAUUAUUCUCCGGAAGUCCGUCAAUGUUACUUCCCAAAUGAGCGAUAUCUACAGUUUUUUCAAAAAUAUACUUCUUCAAACUGCCAGCUGGAAUGCCUCACUAACUACACCGUUAAGAUCUGUGGAUGCGUCAGCUUCUACAUGCCACGUAAUACCAGCACGCCUAUAUGUAAAGCAGAUAAAUAUGAUUGCAUAGAUAAAGCUUUAGAUCAAUAUGCCACAGAAGAAGAUGUGAAUGAAAGCACAACCAACGAAUGUUUUUGCCUACCCUCUUGCAGAGAUGUUAAUUACGAUGCGGAUAUUGUCAUUACUAAACUUGAUCUUACAGAAUAUUUCAAGAAAGUGAAGGAUUUUGACAAAGUAGAAAAAGAACUUGACGAUUAUUAUGAUAAUAACUAUAAUAAAGAUGAAGACACGUAUGAAACUUCGGCAAACGGUGCUGAUAUUGAAUCUACAACUGAAACUGUAACUGCGGAUGAUAAAACUAAUGUUAAAACUGCUGACAAUAAGUCUAUUAGCAUUGAUAAUGAGACCCAAACUGAAAAUGAGUUCACUGAAAUUAGAAUUUACUACAGACGGCCUCGCUUCGUAGCCAUGCAGCGGUCGGAACUGGUGGGGCUGUCGCAGUUUCUGGCCGAUAUCGGCGGUACUCUUGGACUCUUCCUAGGAUUCUCCUUCCUCACGCUCGCUGAGAUCUUUUACUACUUCUCUAUCAAAUUGUUCUGCACUUCCAAACGUGAGGACUCAAAUAAAGAAGAAACUCCAAAUAAAGAAGAAAAUCCAAGGAAUUCAACGAAUCUUUAUGAAUCUAGUAAUUUGUAA